CUGUGCGACGCGCCGGGCCUCGUCGCCUUUGUGCCAUCCGGGUCUCUCGCGCGAGCGAUUUAGUCUGAGGCGAAGCUUCGGAGCGGCCGGUACUGUUGAGAGCGACAAGUGGAGGCGCCGCUCUAGCGGCCGGGACUCUGAACUAUGGCGGCUAGUGAUACAGAACGAGAUGGACUAGCCCCAGAAAAGACAUCACCAGAUAGAGAUAAGAAAAAAGAGCAGUCAGAUGUAUCUGUUUCUCCUAGAGCUUCAAAACAUCAUUAUUCAAGAUCACGAUCAAGGUCAAGAGAAAGAAAAAGAAAGUCAGAUAAUGAAGGAAGAAAACACAGGAGCCGGAGCAGAAGCAAAGAGCGUGCUAAUGCGCGAAGAGACUGAACUGAAGACGCUGCAGACUCAGAUAGCAAAAUAAUAAGCCUACUUCAUGAUAAGAACCAACUUCUUCUUAAAACAGGCAAGAAGACAUGAAUCCAAAGAUAAAUCCUCUAAGAAACACAAGUCUGAGGAACAUAAUGACAAAGAACAUUCUUCUGAUAAAGGAAGAGAACGACUAAAUUCAUCUGAAAAUGGUGAGGACAGGCACAAACGCAAAGAAAGAAAGUCAUCAAGAGGCAGAAGUCACUCAAGAUCUAGGUCUCGUGAAAGACGCCAUCGUAGUAGAAGCAGGGAGCGGAAGAAGUCUCGUUCCAGGAGUAGGGAGCGGAAGAAAUCUCGAUCCAGAAGCAGAGAGAGGAAGAAAUCAAGAUCCAGAAGCAGGGAAAGGAAACGGCGGAUCAGGUCUCGUUCACGCUCAAGAUCAAGACACAGGCAUAGGACUAGAAGCAGGAGUAGGACAAGGAGUAGGAGUCGAGAUAGAAAGAAGAGAAUUGAAAAGCCGAGAAGAUUUAGCAGAAGUUUAAGCCGGACUCCAAGUCCACCUCCCUUCAGAGGCAGAAACACAGCAAUGGAUGCACAAGAAGCUUUAGCUAGAAGGUUGGAAAGGGCAAAGAAAUUACAAGAGCAGCGAGAAAAGGAAAUGGUUGAAAAACAAAAACAACAAGAAAUAGCUGCAGCAGCUGCAGCUACUGGAGGUUCUGUUCUCAAUGUUGCUGCCCUGUUGGCAUCAGGAACACAAGUAACACCUCAGAUAGCCAUGGCAGCUCAGAUGGCAGCCCUGCAAGCUAAAGCUUUGGCAGAGACAGGAAUAGCUGUUCCUAGCUACUAUAACCCAGCAGCUGUGAAUCCAAUGAAAUUUGCUGAACAAGAGAAAAAAAGGAAAAUGCUUUGGCAGGGCAAGAAAGAAGGGGACAAAUCCCAGUCUGCUGAAAUAUGGGAAAAAUUGAAUUUUGGAAACAAGGACCAAAAUGUCAAAUUUAGGAAGUUGAUGGGUAUUAAGAGUGAAGAUGAAGCUGGGUGUAGCUCAGUUGAUGAAGAAAGUUACAAGACUCUGAAGCAACAGGAAGAAGUAUUUCGAAAUUUAGAUGCUCAGUAUGAAAUGGCAAGAUCACAGACCCACACACAAAGAGGAAUGGGUUUGGGUUUCACAUCUUCAAUGCGAGGAAUGGAUGCAGUUUGAAAAUGAUGACACUUGUAAAGUUUGGGACUUAUAGACUUCUUGUUCUGAUGUCAGGUCCUUGUUCACCAAACAGCUAGCAUUCUAGCUUGCAUGGGUGUUGCAUUGACUUUAAUUUAUUGAAAAAUACAAAUUUUUGUAAAUAUCAGAUCAGUGAUACUGGUGUUAGUGUUGUAAUCAGGUUAAACCCACUUCCAUUAAACUUGACAGGACUAUAGAAGGACAAUAUUUUUUAGUUCAUGAAUUCUACUUUUCAAAUAUAUAAAAGCUGCAGGUGGGGAUAAAAUCUCAUACAUGGAUUUUUUCGUGUCCGCUGUCUUGUGUACUUUUGUACUUAACCUUGUACAGUUAUUUUCAUCUCUUGAAACAUGAAAGAAAUGUUAUGUAGAUGUUCUUUAGAAGAUCUGGCCAUUUGGUACAUAAUCCAGCACAGAUAAGCUGGGUGGUGAUGAUAAUAAAAAUGGUUUUCUCAAAACUGGUGUUAAUUUAAGUUACCUGGGAGGUUUCUUUGAAUUUGUUUUAUGGUUUCUGUAGCAUUUGGCAAUUGCUGUUAGAAAACACUAGCUAGAAAUCACCCCCACCCUGGCCCUUUUUAAGGCCAGUUAACUAUACUACAGGCAAUACCAUGGUGAGCAAAAAUGUAAAAGGUGGGAGGAGAAAACUUAUUAAAAUAGUAUGUUUUCCUAUUAUAAGGGACAGACUUGGUAUUCAGUAUUUGUCAAAUAUUACAUGUGUUAUUCAGGAAAUAGAUUAAUGCAUUAAAGGGAUGUAAGCACUUUUAUUUUAAUAAAGUGCCUUAUGACAA